CAGUCGCUCCAGACUUGCAGUUUUUUGUUUCAAAUUCCCAACCUAAGUUAAACUGAAUUGUGAAUAUUGUGAACGUUACUCUUAAAAAUGCAAGGUUUGAGUGUAAUAAACACAGACACUAAUAAUAAUACUGAAAUUAUAAAGAAAGAAAAUACCAGUGAGUGUGUCAAUGAAGAAACAAAGGAAAAACCUGUUGAUGAUGGUGGUAUUGUUGAAAAUAUUAAAGAAUGUGUGCUUUUGGAUUGUGAUGAUAAGUUUUCGUUGUCAUACGAGGAAUAUUUGGUAAAUAUACCUUCCAAAACAGGAACACCGAUUCAUAAUGCUCAUGAUAAAAGUUUAACUCAAGCUUUGUCUCUUUCUGUGGGUAAUAUUUCGUUUGAAUUGUCAAAUUUGUCAAUUUGUGAUGACUUAGAACCUUCUAAAGAACCAAAAUCAUUGGUUAAGAGAUUAUUUACACCUAUAAAGACAAAAACAAAGGUGGAAGUUGUUAAAACUAACAAAAUACCAUUUUCUGAUGAAGAUGAUUUUACAAAAGACACUACAACAGGUUUGGAUGGUUAUAUUGACUUAACUAUUGAUGAAAAACCUGAUAAACUUGUUGAUAACAUUUGUAACAAUGACAAAAAACGCAAACGCAGCACAGAAGAUGAAAUAACAGACCACAAAGACAUUUCUGACACCAAAAAAAUCAAAAAUAUCAAAGAAUUAAACUUAAAAACAGAGAAAAUCAACUUUAAAUCACCAAAAUCAACUUCAUACAGAUCUCACACAUCCAAAGAUAAAAUCUACCUGCAACCACAAUCAACAGUUAAUAUAAUCACACCAGAAACACCCAAAGAAAAACAAAAAGUAGUAAGACUGACUAAACUGCCAAAUUUAAUCAAGAAUCUCAUCAAAAACGCACCAGAAACACACUAUUGGUCCUCCCGCAACAAAGCAAUCGACUAUAAUUUAAUCUUUAAAAUCUACCAGGGAUGUGAAGAGUAUCAAAUGGUAAUGGAUCACUUUACUCCCUAUGACAAUCAAAACGACUACCAUGUUUUGAACAUCGAACGAAUUGAAAAUCGCACGUUAAUGGCGGCGUUUAUCCUCAAACGCAAUGAAUUACAAGAAGCGAAACCUGCACUACCGGUACAAACGAAAUUAUUAUUCCACGCGACGAAAUACACCUCGACAGAAUCAAUCAUGAAAGAAAACUUCGAUUGGCGGAUGUGUGGAGCAGCCAGAGGGCAUAAAUAUGGCCACGGGACUUGUUUCUCACCGCAUUCGGACUUUGCAACACAAUUUGGACAACAUCUACCGAAUAAUAUCUACUAUACAUUGUUGUGUUAUGUUGUGCUGAAGAAAUCACAAACUGGUAACUCAGAAAUGAUCCUUCCAGAUAAAAACUUUGAUUCGUCAAUGAGUAAUGAUGGAAAAGUGAUUGUUAAGUAUCAUGACAACACUGCAUAUCCUGCGUACAGGAUCACCUAUAGAAAAUGUGAGAGAUAUCAUGAUGAUAUACACAUGCUGCGCAAUGAUUGGUAUUAUAAUAACCACAGGACGAAUAAUUAUCAUCUUUACAAUCAGAAUUACAGUCAAUAUAAUUGGACAGCGCAGAAAAAUUGUAAUUUUCAUGGUGGUGACAGACGAGGUGGUGGGAAGCAACGUACGAAUAAUAAGAGUAAGAGAUAUGUGCCAUAUUGAGUUGCGACGCCAUUUUGUUAUGUAGAAAAGCAAUGUGAUGGUAAACUCACUCAUAUU